AUGGCGCUGCCAACUGCUGUCAAUUGUGUAUUUGUGUCAACGUGCUUUUCUUGGGCCUGUGUUUUGUAGACAAAACAUGGUAACGACACAAGAAAAUGAGGCGCUCACCUAUACGUCAACAGUGACCGGUCUGCCACAGAAGCGCUUCUACCGUCAGCGAGCCCACUCAAAUCCUAUAGCGGAUCAUUGUUUCGACUACCCAGCUCGGCCGGAGGAUGUGGACUGGCGGUCCCUGUACCCGAGCAUUCGGUCUGACCAAGAAGUGAGUUUUGCCGACAUUGGUUGUGGCUACGGUGGCUUCCUAGUCACGCUAGGAGAACUGUUUCCCGAAAAGAUCUCUAUUGGGAUGGAAAUACGGGUCAAAGUUUCAGACUAUGUGUUGGAUCGCAUUACGGCCCUCAGACACAGGAGUUCGGAUACUGGUGCCUAUCAGAACAUCGCCUGUCUCCGCACCAACGCCAUGAAGUAUCUACCCAACUACUUCCGGAAGGGACAGCUUGAAAAGAUGUUCUUUCUCUAUCCGGAUCCGCACUUUAAGCGCGCCAAGCACAAGUGGCGCAUCAUCAACCAGGCCCUGCUCUCCGAGUACGCCUAUGUUCUUCGCAAGGGAGGCUUAGUGUACACCAUGACUGAUGUGGAGGACUUGCACACUUGGAUUGUGUCACACAUGGACGAGCAUCCGCUGUACGAGCGUCUGGACGAAGUGGAGGCAAACACAGAUCCCAUCACACCAAGGCUGUACCAGAGUAGCGAGGAGGGCGCCAAGGUGGUACGCAACAAGGGUGACCACUUCUUGGCCAUAUUCCGCCGCCUCUAGGUCAGCGUCCGAUUUAUUUUCAUAUUAAUUCUAAAUAGCAAAUUAAGAAUAAAACAGACAUUAUGCAUCUAA